AAGCACGAAUCUCCGCCCCAACACCAUCCCCAAAAAAUCACUCUCUAUUCCCUGUUUAUUAAAAACUUCAACCCGAAAAGUAAAAACAAAAAAGCUAACGACUUUGCCGUCCUCUCUUUAAAACUUUGUCUCUCUUCUUUUCUCUCUAUUUUCCUUCUUCUUCAGCCUCUGUUUUUUCCCCCCCUAAAACCCAUUGACAUGACACCCAAUUCUUCACUCUAAUUCCUUUCCCCUGUUUUUCGUUUUUUCUUUUACAUUUCAGCAUGCAAACCCACAACCCAACGAUUCAGACCGGUUCCAAACCGAAUCAAAGUCUCUUUCAGUCUUUCAAACAAUCCUUUUCAUUCCCGGACAGAGUCUCCGAUUUUUGUAUUCUGUUCGCCAGAGCCGUCCUCCUCCUCUGCCUCAUCGCCUCCAUGUCCUUCGUCCUCCGUUCGGCUUUCUCUUCUCAGUCCCGUCGGUUCAUCAUCCCCAACCGCACUCGAACCGCCAAAUACGAACCGUUCGACAAAUCCAUAGCCGCCACCAACAUAUCCCACAUCGUAUUCGGAAUCGGCGGGUCUGUUCAAACGUGGAAAGACCGGAGCCGCUACACUCAUCUCUGGUGGAAGUCGAACCGGAACCGUGGGUUUGCUUGGCUCGAUGGGGAACCGGGGGAAAUCGGAAAUCCGGUUCCGCAUCGGGUGUCGGAGUGGUGCAGCGGGGCGGGUUAUUCGUGUAAGACGGCGGCGGUUCGAAUGGCUAGAAUUGUAGUGGAGAGUUAUAAAUUGCGAUUGAAAGACGUGCGGUGGUUUGUGAUGGGAGAUGAUGAUACGGUGUUUUUCACGGAGAAUUUAGUUUCGGUGUUAGCGAAAUAUGAUCAUAAUCAAAUGUAUUACAUUGGUGGAAACUCCGAGAGCAUUGAGCAAGAUCAGAUGCAUUCGUAUGGGAUGGCCUUCGGCGGCGGCGGUUUUGCGAUCAGUUACCCACUCGCCGCCCAGUUAAUGAACGUAAUGGACGGUUGUCUUCAUCGCUACAGUUUUUUCUACGGCUCUGAUCAAAGGGUAUGGGCCUGUAUUGCCGAGCUCGGUGUGCCACUCACAACAGAACGUGGCUUUCACCAGUUUGAUAUUAGAGGUAACCCAUAUGGGAUUUUGGCAGCACAUCCAUUGGCACCACUUGUAUCGCUUCAUCACCUUGACCAUGUGGAGCCAUUGUUUCCUAACCAAACUAGGAUUGAUUCAUUGAAUUUACUUAUGCAAGCAUAUCAAGUUGACUCGAGCCGAAUUCUUCAGCAAACUGUCUGCUAUGAUCGGAGGAAAAAAUGGUCCAUCUCCAUCGCGUGGGGCUACACUGUUCAGAUAUAUCCUUUCAUGGUGACAGCCACAGAUAUGCAAAUUCCAUUUCAGACGUUCAAGACAUGGAGAAGCUGGAGCAAUGGUCCAUUCGACUUCAAUACACGACCUAUGAGUUCUGACCCGUGCCGGCGAGCGGUUGUUUAUUUUCUGAAGCAAGUUCAAGAGGUGGACACAAGGGGUACCAAAACCACUUACGAAAGGUACGUGGCCAAGGGAGAAAAAGUAUGCGAGAGGGAUGAUUAUGCACGGGUCAUGGCAGUGAAACAAGUUACUGUCUCCUCAAUGAAGAUGGAGACUCAGCUAUGGAUGAAGGCACCGCAAAGACAGUGUUGCGAGAUUAAUGACAGGUGGGGAAACGAUAAUAAUAUCUGGGUUAGGAUUAGGAAAUGCAGAAAGAGCGAAACAAUUACCACAUAGAUUCUCAUUUUUGGAUGAAUUGUUUUAGGCCCUAGAAUGAUGAUGGCUGAUUUUCCCUCUUGUAAAUAUCACAGUGAUAUAGAAAAAUAUCAGUAUAUUCAACAGAA